AUGCCGCGACCAAAGAGCGCCGACAGCGAGUUCCUGCAGCUCAUAAGUGCUACCAAUGUCAACAUUAUAGGCAAUUAUAUCCUGGGAAGAACCAUUGGGGAAGGGAGCUUUGGAAAAGUGGCAAUCAAGAUUGUCGACAAGAUCCACGCUCCUGCUGUCAUUCGAGAGGCAAGUCAUGUCGAGACCUGGAGACAUCUUCAUCAUCCAAAUAUCGUCCAACUAUACGAAGUCCUCACUACAGAAACCAAAAUCUACAUGGUCACUGAAUGGGUCUCUGGUGGAGAGGUAUUUGACUAUGUCGUCCAGCGUGGGAAGCUUGACGACACGGGACUGGAAUCACGUCGCAUAUUCCGACAGAUCGUCGAAGCAGUCGGAUACUGCCAUGAAAAGAGCUUUGUCCAUCGCGACCUCAAGUUGGAAAACAUUCUCCUCACAGAUGAUUUGCAGAUUAAAGUAAUCGAUUUUGGAUUCACUCGCGAGUAUAAUGAGCGCAGAUUACUCGACACUUAUUGUGGCUCUGUUGCCUACGCAGCACCUGAAAUGAUAUCUGGGAAAAAGUACUCUGGACCUCAAGCAGAUGUUUGGUCUCUAGGAGUCAUCCUCUACACCCUCUUAUGUGGAUACCUACCAUUUGACGACGACAAUGACGCCAAUAUUCAUAAAAAGAUACUUGACGUCGAGUUUGAUACACCAUCCAUUCUGAAACUAGAGGCGUCAGAAAGACUGACCAUACCAUCAAUAUUAGCACAUCCAUGGCUCUCGGAUGCUGACGGCCCUUCGUCACUACGAACGUCACCGCCCACUCCAUUUGGAAACAGACCAGACGAAGUAUCACUUGCUCAGCAACUAAUGGAUUCAGGAUUCGACGUAGCAAACAUUUUAGCAUCUGUGAGAUCACAUGCGUGUGAUAGUGCAUCAGCAUUGUGGUAUCUACUGCUACAAAAAACACGUAAUCUGAAUCCAGUAUUAGCAUCUGAACCAUCUAGUCCAACAUCACCCAUACCCGCAUUCAUAUUCAGUGAUUCGAGAAGGAGCUCUUCCCAAACCUUGCGUCCUACCGAUUUAGACCGUCUUGCUGCUCAAGGUGUAAGUCAACGGAGAAAAUCAGUCGAAGCUACAGCACCUGGAGAGGCUGGUCAGAAACUGUUGAGUGGUAGUAGUAGUGUUACUGGAAGACGGGGGAUGAUGAUGGAAGCCAUGAAGAAUACGGCCACAGUAACCAGGUAUCCACCAUCUAGAAGGUCAUCAAAAGAAGGAUCAGCAGGUUUGGGAGGAGUUCUUGAGAUCCCAUCGCCCAUAUCACCAAGGAAAACGAGUGGUGUUGUCAUUGAGGAAGAUGAACAAGAGGAUGAAACAUGGACGUCAUCCGCUGUGUCAAAUAGUGCUAACAUGAUUAGGAGGCCGUCUUCCCCCACUUCGCUUUCAAAUUGGGAUAAUGAAAGGCAAAGAACAGAAUCUGUUAUAUCAGACACGUCAGAAGUGAGUAGCCGUGCACAAUCUGUAAUCCGAACAUCCUUCACAAGUAGUGCACGUAAACGGGGUCGAGGGGGACUGAAGGCACGAUAUGGACAAUCGCGACUGGAUUCUUUUCCUGGAGAUGAACCAAACAGUACAAGUAAUAAUAAUAGUACAGGUUCAUGGGACGAUGAUGAGCCUCUGAGUUAA